UUCAAUUUUUUCUCAAGCUGGACUCGAGCCGCGGAUCGCAACAAGGUUGACGCACUGGGGCAAAACCGAACGAACGACCCCAACCAGGAGAAUGUCUGAACCCGUUUACCGCGAUUGGAUUUUGGACACUAUUGACUCACUGCGGUCGCGAAAAGCCAGACCAGACCUUGAAAGAAUUUGUCGAAUGGUCCGGAGACGACAUGGAUCGGCGCCAGAACGAACCAGCGAGGAACUCGAGAAACUGAUCCAAGAGCAAACAGUCUUGAAAGUUAACUACAAGGGCUCGAUUUCGUAUCGAAAUGCAGCCAAAGUAGUCAGAAGAAGCAGGAAAAAGGAUGAUCACACGACCAAAACAACUGCGGUGGAAGAAGCUAACCACUCCGAUUUGAGCAACGGGGACAGCGCACUCGUACCCAUUGACCAGGAUGAGACAGAGAAUUUGGAGGAUGAGGUGCCAGUGUCAAUGGAGACAGACAGCACCAUGGAGGAGGAGGAGGAAGAGGAGGGGGCUGAUGAAGAUGGCCACGAGGGCUCCUCUCCCUCUCCUGGGGGUGAGAAAGCUGUGCAGGGGGGGUCUGGUGCUGUCCACCCCUACUCUGCCCCCUGCUCCCCCAGCGGCUCCCACCCUGGCCCAAGCCCAAGCCCUGUGUCUGACCACCCCUCUACCUGCAAGACUAGUAGGAGGUCCAGCUCUCUGUCCCCCUCUAGUCCCCUGGCCCUCAGGCAAAAUGAGUGUUUGUGUGACUCUGCCUUCUGCCCUGCUGAGCAUGGACCCUCAGGGAUGCAGAGAAACACAGGAACUGGGGCUUUAAAGACGAUAGUACAGCCAUCGGGGACCUGUCCAUGGGUUCAGAAGAGCUUGGUGAAGAGAGAGAGAGAGGAUGGGGUGAGGAUGGAGGAGAGUGGUCUCACUUCUGACCAACUGGUUCCUGACUGUGUGGAUGAGACCAUGAAGGGUUCUGACAGACGGCCCAAGACGUUGUCUUUUCCCUCUGACGACUUUGCUAAAUACAAGAAGGGGAUGGACGUUGCCUCUUACGUGAUGGCUCAAGACGAUGUCAAGAACGAUUUGAAAAACGGAGAAGUCUCUGUGAAGAAGGAGACGACGAGGCAGAACUUAUUGCUGUGGAGCGUGGCGGACGUGGCCACCUACUUCUCUGCUGCAGGCUUUCCAGAGCAGGCUGUAGCUUUCAGAACACAGGAAAUUGAUGGAAAGUCCCUGCUCCUGAUGCAGCGCAGUGACGUGUUGACUGGCCUGUCCAUCAGACUUGGGCCCGCCCUAAAGAUCUACGAGCGCCACGUGAAGGUGCUGCAGAGGACCCACUUCCUGGAUGAGGAGGACGAUCUCUGACCAUGAGAGGGGGGAACGGAACAACACACUCCUCUGAGGAGCAGAUGUAUCUGUCUGUAUUCAUACAGUAUACACACAUACUGUGUUCACUGCAUCUCUAGAACCUUCUGUAACGGUUCAAGGAGAUGUGGGGAAAAGGACACUGUGGUAGUGACUUGGGCCUUGACAGUGAUUAUAAACGUGUACGUGGGCUUCCAUACCACCUCUCUGUGGUACUGGGGAUAAGGACUGCUGUCACCAGACCCAUUCUGGUGGUAUUGCUUUUAUAGGAUCUCCCUCUAAACUCAUAUAGGAAUGUUAGGAACCUGCCUAAGGACGCUAUAAAAGUCAAAGUGGAGGGCUGCCUGUUAUGUAAGGGGCGGGUCAGUGAGUGCAGCCAGUGAGAAAUACUUUCUCUGGAUUCCUCAGACUCUAGACUUGGCUACCACUGGAGCCUUCUUUAAAAGACUGGUUUCUGUGCUCUCUGAGUCAGUCUGACAAGAAAAUAAUAACAUGUAUCCUUGGUGUAUCUGUUCUAGCAAACAUGGUACUUACAUUUCUUCAUUGUUUACUCAGACAGUAUUUUUAAAAGACAUAUCAAAUGUCAUAUGAUAUCCUCAGUUUAACUAGAAACUCAACUUUGUUUUUCUUGUAUGAUGACAAUGUGAACUGAUUUAAUUUGAGAAUGUACAGUAUGAGUUUGUUGAUUCAUCAAAGGUCAGUGAUGUCAAUCUCUCAUUAUACCAGCAAAGGAAAUUAAGCUUAGUCUCCAGAUGUUCUCAUGGCUUCACCAGUACUGACCUAGGUUUUAUUACUGUUAUUAACUGUUUCACUAACAUUUAGAAAUACCAAUAUACAGUAUGUAGUACCUGCUAAACUAAGGCAACAUCAUCUGUCAUUUGUAUGUUUGUAUGCUUGCCUUUUGCAUUUCCUCAUCCCCUCAUUUAUGUUCACUUCACUUCUAAACAUUUUAGAUUCAUCUAAUUUAAUCUACUGUGGAUGAACCUAGAUUUAAUCUACAAAAUUAAAAGUGUUUGAAGCAGAAUUCUAGUUGAAAUGGACUGGCAGACCAGAACCAAUGUAGCUCAAGGCCCCAAUGAUCCUGCCUGCUUCAGUUUGAGGAGAGAAAACAACUGAAUGAUGUUAUUUUUUUAAGGGAAAAUUAACCAACCAAAAACUUUAGGAAGUGUCAUUGUAGCACUAAUACAUUUUCUUUGUUUACAAUCUCAACACAGUAACAUACAAUUCCCCACGAUAUGAUGGACAUCUUGAUCAAAUGCAACAUUGUUAUCUGAGAGGAUUACAAUGAGCUCUCUUCAUUUUGCCUUCUGCUUUUGAAACAACGUCACAUUCCAUAUUUCCAUCUGUUACGUGUUUGAUGUCACACUGUUAAUUGUUAUGUUGGCCCUGUUUCCAGGGGGAAAAAUAAAGUUGUCUUUUCCACUCUU